AGGCUACAUGCAGCUAUGAGGAAUAGAGACUACAUUUUUCAAUGUCUGUUCAUCUGCCUCUCGUUGACGGUCGUCUGGCAAACGAGGCCAGUCAUUGCUGAUCCUACAACAGAUGCCUUCAAGAACAACAUCACUCUCUUCACACGGAUCCUCGACAGACUUCUAGAUGGCUAUGAUAAUCGCCUUCGACCCGGCCUAGGGGAUCGUGUAACAGAGGUGAAUACCAAUGUCUACGUCACCAGCUUUGGCCCAGUUUCAGAUACAGACAUGGAAUACACGAUAGACGUGUUCUUCCGGCAAAGCUGGAAAGACGAGAGGUUGAAAUUCGACGGGCCCAUGGACAUACUGCGGCUGAACAACUUGAUGGCCAGUAAAAUAUGGACACCGGACACGUUCUUCCAUAACGGGAAGAAGUCGGUGGCUCACAACAUGACCAUGCCCAAUAAACUACUGAGGAUUCAAGACGAUGGCACCCUACUUUACACCAUGAGGUUGACGGUUCAUGCGGAGUGUCCUAUGCAUCUGGAAGAUUUCCCCAUGGACUUCCACUCAUGUCCCCUGAAGUUUGGCAGCUAUGCCUAUACGAUGUCAGAGGUGACUUACGUCUGGACCAGUAAGCCCGCCGACUCUGUGGUGGUGGAAGGUGAGAGCUCCCGUUUGAACCAGUACGACCUGCUCGGCCAAACAGUGGGCCAAGAAACCAUCAAGUCCAGCACAGGCGAAUACACUGUCAUGACGGCACAUUUCCAUUUGAAGCGGAAGAUUGGUUACUUUGUGAUACAGACCUAUCUACCAUGCAUCAUGACUGUCAUCCUCUCCCAAGUGUCCUUCUGGCUGAACAGAGAGUCCGUGCCAGCUAGGACUGUGUUUGGUGUAACCACUGUGCUGACAAUGACCACCCUGAGUAUAAGUGCUCGUAACUCCCUCCCCAAGGUGGCCUACGCCACGGCCAUGGACUGGUUCAUCGCUGUCUGCUACGCCUUUGUCUUCUCCGCCCUCAUUGAGUUUGCCACCGUCAACUACUUCACAAAGCGCGGCUGGGCCUGGGAUGGGAAGAGCAUUGUGAAUGACAAGAAAAAAGAGAAGGCCUCCGCCAUGAAGAAGAACAACGCGUACGCCGUGGCGGUGGCCAACUAUGCGCCCAACAUCACCAAAGACUCUGGGUUGUCCACCAUCGCCAAGGGCGGCGCUCCUGACCCCAACAUGGCAGUUGGCAAGGUGGGUGGCAAGGCAGACCCAAAGAAGACUUUCAACAGUGUGAGCAAAAUCGAUAGGAUUUCGAGGAUUAUGUUCCCGGUCCUGUUUAGCAGCUUCAACUUAGUCUAUUGGGCCACAUACUUAAACAGAGAACCUUAUAUAAAGGAUAUGGUGCGCUCAACCUAGAGGCCCCUCCCUCCUGCAUUGUAAUAUAUCCGAAUUACAGGACUAAAAGACUUAGCAAAUACGACUAGUAUCUGCUAACUCUUGGUUCGUUGGUGCAAGACAGACAAGCCCUGGAUUGCUUUGUGUCCCUCUCUUUCCUGUUUUUUCUACACCACUUUCUGCAGUGCUUUUGGAAACAACUGGCCUUUGUAAAUACAGCAUAAAUGUACAAUCAUGACUUUUGUGUGUUUCGUGAUAUAAUCAGUGAACAAUACAUUUAUUUCACGUGCUUAUGUUCUGUUGACCAUUGAUGGCUCCGUGUUUGAAAAGUUUAUGAAAGGAACCUCGAGAUGUUUAUUUUAGUCAAAAAGUUUUAGAAAUUAUUCUUUUUUUAAUUUUUAUAUAUAUUUCAUCUUAUUUAUUUUUAAAAAAAUAGUGGGUUAAGUAUGUAAUAUUUCUCAGCGACCAGAAUUUCUCAAUUAUGUAUAAAGUUAUCUUUUUCUAUACAAGCCAAUACAAAAACAUAUGAAAAAAAUGUAAAUGC